AUUCCUGCCCCGCCGGGCCGGCCCCGCGCCCCGGCCCCGCGCGCAGCCCGCCGCCGCCUCCCGCCGGCCUCCGGGAUGAAGGCGGCUCCGGCCGGGGGCGAGGAGGCGCCGCCCGGCGCGCGCUCCGUCAAGGUGGUCCUGGUGGGCGACGGCGGCUGCGGAAAGACGUCGCUGCUGCUGGUCUUCACCCAGGGAGACUUCCCCGAGAACUACAGCCCGACCGUGUUCGAGCGCUACUCCGCCAGCCGGCAGAUGAAGGGUAAACCAGUGCACCUGCAGAUCUGGGACACCGCGGGGCAAGACGACUAUGACCGCCUGCGGCCUCUGUUCUACCCUGACGCCAAUGUCCUGCUGCUCUGCUUUGAUGUCACCAGCCCCAGCAGCUUUGACAAUGUCUUCAGCAGGUGGUACCCAGAAGUGACCCACUUCUGCAAGCAAGUGCCCAUCAUUGUGGUGGGCUGCAAGACGGACCUGCGCAAGGACAGGUCGCUGGUGAACAGGCUGCGCAAGAGUGGGGUGGAGCCGGUGACAUACCACAGGGGCCAGGAGAUGGCGAGGUCCGUGGGCGCCGUGGCCUACCUCGAGUGCUCGGCUCGGCUCCAUGACAACGUGGACGCAGUGUUCCAGGAGGCGGUGGAGGUGGCGCUCAGCAGCCGCAGCCGCAACUUCUGGCGCAGGAUUACCCAGAGCUUCUGUGUGGUGAUCUGAACAGCUCGGGGCUGUGGCAGGGAGGGGUGCCCCUGUAUCACCCCUCAACUGCCGCUCCCCUGCAGAGCGUUGCCCCACCAGGCUGGCCCCCACUUGCACCUCCAGGGAGGCGCAGCCUAGAGCCCAGGCCUCAGACUUUGAACCCUGAACUGAGAAAGGCAUUACUUGGCGGCCUCCCGGCCCUGGGGUUGUUAACAGGGCUCCCGGCACCCAGGCCCGGACAGGGGGCCUUGCACCUGGCACCCCCUUCGUGGCUGUCCCCCGGGUUGCACCUGACACCCAUGGGUGCUCUUUGGACUGACCUCCCCCAGCCUGCCCCUGCAGCACCCCUUGGCCUUGUCUGUCCCGGCCGUAAGUGUAACAACUAAAUCACCAUGAGUUGUUACCUGUG